AUGUUCUACACGGUGAUCAGCACCUCGGGCGACUGGAUGACGUUCUAUUGGACCCGCUCCCUCCGCCUCUCUGACGACCUCAAGCUCGAGACGAGCAGCGUGUACGAGUACUACCAGGGCUACAAGGAUAUCAUCAGCUACGCACAGAUCUUCAUCCUGAAUGACCCAACCACGAUCAACGACAACAAUAAAGCACUAGAUGGUGAAAUCUGGGACGACGUCAAGCAAUACAUCCCUGACAACGUCUCCAUAAUUCCAAUCCCAUCAUUGCACCGCUUUAUCCAGCAUGCAAACGAUGACAUACGGUAUAAGCUCCAUUAUUUAGCAUGGACACGCACCAGAACCAUCGGCCCCGGAAGCACCAUCAAGGCGUGA